AUGAAACGUCGUAAAUCGUAUACAGCAGCUUUCAAGCUAGACGCCGUCAAUUAUCGUGAUUUGCAUGGAACCUUGGCAGCGGCUAGUCAUUUUGAAGUCACUGAAGCAAUGAUAAGAAAGUGGGUUGUUGAUCGACAAAAUCUUCAAGAGAUGCCAGCAAUGAAGAGAGCCCGACGAUACAAAAAGCCAAGCGUUGAAGAAGUUGAAGAUGCCAUCUACAACUGGGUUGUCAAAAAACGAGAAGAAAAUAGAGCUGUCACGGUGAAAGAAAUAAGGACCAAAGCAAAGGAAUUAGCAGAAGAGCAUGGUCACCAAAAUUUCAAAGCAUCUGCGCAUUGGUGCAUCCUGUUUAUGGCGCAAAAAAAGCUCUCUGUACGAAGAAGAACAAGUGUCGGUCAACCAUUACCGUCUGACCAUCUACAAAAAUGCUCGGAUUUUCGAAAGUUCGUUGCAGCUGAAGCCUUAAACGUAUCCCCUUUCAAUUUGGGAAAUAUUGAUGAAGAUUUCGUGAAGAAAUCUGACCAUAAGUACAUAGUGGAGAUGGUGAAGAUGGAUAGGACUUUUCGUCGAUUUCGAGUACGAAAGCGGACCAUGAGGAGUUCCGAAGGUGAUGAUUCUGAUGAAGAAGGCAGUGAAGAAGAAGAAGUGAAAAUGGGGGUCUCUGAGCGCUCCAUAAAUUAUCGUGUUCCCAGUGGAAAUGCAUAUACAGUGGCUCGUCAUUCAGAUCCUGGAGGUUGUACCUUUUCUGGAUGCAAAAUUUCAUCGAUGGAUCGAUGUCAUUCAUCGGGAUAUGUUUCUGCAGCAUCGAAAAGUCCUCGGCUUUUCUGUCCACCACAAUUACUGUUUCCAGUACAGCCGCAAGUCCGGUAUGUUAGUGAAAGAAUUAUCGAGGUGUUUACUGCAAAUACAACAGGCCGAGUCGAGCUUCAUCAAAUCUUGCACCCUAAUAUGCCCCGGCACUCCAUUUAUCAAGUGGAGUCGAUAGAUUUAACGGAUGAACAAACAAGACAUCGUGUAACCGCGAGAGAUUUUGUUGAUCGAGCACCGUUUUCUGUUCAUGGCACUUUUGAUGGACGUAUUGGCAUUACCAAGUCUUCUUGUACGUUAGAAAAGAAAAAGUUGGUUGCUGUCGAGAUCUGGAAAGGGGAGGAUCCAGUGGUAAAUGCCAAAAUAAACCAGCUGGAUAAUGGGUUUUUGGCAGCUACGGAUUUUCAGUGCGUUCCAGCGACGACCUCCUUAUUUGUGUUGGAUCUUGUGAGCCAGAACAAAUUCUCCCUCAAACCUAGGAUUGUGUUUAACGGAACAACAUCAUCAAAUAUGUUGGAUGUUUGUUGGCUUUGGGAUCAUCCCUCACGUUUGUUGUUAUCUACCACUGACAGUGUACGAUUAUUUGAUAUUCGUUGUCCUAAUCAAACAGACCAAGCUUUAUUUCUUGAUCAUGGUAUCACGCAUAUGGCUAGCAACAAAUUUAGGACCCACGUGUUCGCUGGAUUCAAUGAAGAGGAAGUUCAUAUAUACGACAGUAGGCGCCUUUUCGGUCCUAUUCAACGAAUUAAUAUUCCAAUAGACGGCAGAAACGGACUCUCUUCCAUAAAGUGGAAUCCUUAUCUGCCAUUUGAGUUGCUGCUACACUUUCGAGGUUCUGAAAGAAUUUUGCGGUGUAAUGUACAGGAGUUAUCUUUUGAUCCUUUUCGAAGAGUGAAAAUUGAUAGCUUUACGACAGAUCAACUUUUUUCUAUUGAACAAAUAUGGGAUGGAACAGUAUCACCUGAUCUCAUAGAUGCCCGAAUGAAAACAUAUAAUGGAACAGAGGAGCUUUACCAAAUUCUCUCCUACGGAGAGAUGUACGACAAGUGCAAAGAAGAUUCGGAUACACCUAUGCCUCUGUGUUGGACAACACCAGCGCCUGGUAGAAAUGAAAGUGACGAAGAGGAUGGCACUGUGAAGUUAGUGGAACAUCCAGUCUUUGUGGGAUCGAAUUCUUCCUUAGGAAUCAGAGAUUCUAAUGAAUCCCACUUGUCUCCAUUUUUUGUGCCGACCGUUUUACGCAGGGUGCAGUCCGACUCGCAUCUAGCUUGUAAAGUUCCUCGAAGUGAUAUGGAGCGUGGAUCGUCUGCAUCAACGCGUGUGUCAACACCGUUAGUUCAAAGUAAUUCAAUUGUUGAGUUACUCCAACCAGAUAGAUUCCAGACGACUCCAUCGUCAAGAGUUCCCAAUCACAUGAUUGGCGAUCAGACCAGUGCGAAGGUGACCGGCCCACUAUGUAGAAGUCAAGAUAGCUCGAUCGAUAAGGCACAGGCUCAAUUUUUUGCUGCAAGUAAUUUGACGAACAGUUCUCUGUUAUUGGCAAGUGUGGAGGUCAGAUCAGGAGGCAAGACCAGUUUGGAAGACAACGGCGUUGGUAGCGAUAGGGGUACACGUCCAGAGGAAGAUCCGUCUGUACCUCAGUCGAGUGCACCGAAAUCAUUCUCCUGCAUAGAGGAGGAGUUUGAGAAAAUUACCAGCAAGCAUGUGAACAGUUUAGCGACUGUGUUUCAUCAUCUUGGUCUGGAUAUGACUAAAACGGAGAAAUUACGUGAUCUGCAAGAGAGAAUCGAAGUUGUUAUGAACGACUAUGGUAAUGAUAUACCGUACGUCAUUCGAACUUCUCUAUUUGAUAGCCGCUACUCAGUAACAGCGAGCAAAGUUGACAGCGGUUAUCGAAUCAAGCUCCAUCACAAAAUAUACUCGUUCGAUUUUGCUCCUGCAGGAUACAGUGGGCUUCUAUGUCUCGUAGAACAACCCAAUGGUCGGUCAAGAUUUGUAUUUGCUCCGUUCGUAGCGCCUGACGAAGGAUUCGCUGUGAAACCUGAGUUUAUCAAUGUUUUGGAAGAAACACGGAUGUGGGAGUCGUUCGAUUCAAUUCCAAAACACCUAUACGAAACAAUGAAAUCACGCUUGGUUAAUGGUAUGGACAAUAUCGACGACCGGAAACCGCUGUUGUCAAUUUUUCGCGGAUUGGCGGGGCAAAUUCCGAAGCGGUGGACGCAAUGGUUACUGAGUGCGGCCCGACAACAGCAAAUUUGUUAUGAUAUGCGUGGUGUUGGUGAUAUGGAUGACGCUACCACGGAUCCCGAUGAUUUUUCGGGAAACGAAAAGAACUCGAUAGGACCUGAAGAGUACACCAAUAACCCUACUUUAGACGUGAAAGGGCUCCCUGGUAUUCUUCAACUGUGUACAUUAGAAUCGGAGUCAGAUGUAACAUGGCAAGAUUGCGAUUCUGAGCAUUUCUCAUUCAUCAAGAUUGCUCGAUCACGUGUACGACGGAUGAUAUUGGCCCCGUACUGCUUACCCGUGAGCGAGGACCGUAUGGUGUCUGAUGAAAAAUUCGCAGCAAACAAAGACAUCCCUCGACAAAUACCUGUGAUAUAUCUCUGCCUCAUAAAUGGCGAUUCAGAACGAUUUAUUGAGUAUACCUUACUUAUUCGACGUAAACUCGGAAAACCGGUAUUUACUGAGAAUCCGUGCUCAUUCUUGAAUGCUUUCUGUUUCUUCGGUACAGUUGUGUUCAGAUACCUAAACCAAAUUUGUGAUGCAGAGAACAAGUCAUCAGCAAAAUAUGAUGCCAGACGCCUUCGGUUGGAGGACAAAAUUCAUGCGUUCGUAAAGGAACAUUGUAAGUCACCUACCCUCAACCCGUUGUUCAUACCGAUGUUGCUUUUUUUACUUGGAGUGCUAACUUCUACACAUCCUAUGGAAUACACAAGAAUUGUGCUCGAGAACCAGCGAAUACCGCUGAGUUUGCGGAUUGCUUGGUGCGUUAAUCUUCUGCCGACAAUAAAGAUGAAGGAAGCCUUGCACUUUCUUUUUGAACAGAGUACUGGUAUGGAUCGACUCCAGUUUGUGGGCCUAGGACGACAUCCAGAUUCACUACAUGUUCUUUCUGAGUAUCUAUAUUCGACUCAGGAUUGUCAAGUUGUGUCGCAUCUUCUUGUUGCUGGACGUUGUUUCGAGGGGGAUGACCCUAGUUAUGACGAAAAGAAGUCGGUCGAAAACAUGAAUCUCACAGUUGACGGUGAUAGCACUAAAGAAAUAUGCUCGAUUAGUUACCCAUCUUUGUACACUAUGUUUCCCACAAGCUACUUUUUAGUCACUGACGACUUGCCUGAUUUGUUGCAUCUCACUCGUGCUGAAUUCUGUAGGUAUUCCUACAUAUUGCAGCAAAUGGAGAGGUAUUGUCUCAGACGAAAGUUGCUGAACCUAGUACCACAAUUUCUUUGGCCUGAUUUCAAAACAUCGGUGGACAUAGCUUGCACUUUUUGUGGCUCAAGUUACGAGACUGCUCUGCGUAAUGCAGAGUCUGCAGUUACUGAACAAAUCGUUCAAGUAAGGUCCCGAUCGACGGCGAGCCGAACUACUGGCAGUAGAUCCUCGGCAUCCAUUAGCGGGACUUCGAUUGGUGGCCCAACAAUAUCUCUAUCAAUGUCAUCGGCAGGUCCGUCAGAUUCGGAAACAAGUACGAUUUCGGCGGCAACAGAAUUAUUACCAUAUGAUUACAACGGAGUAGAUGGUGGAACUGAAGCUGAGAUAAAACGUGCACCCGAUAGUGCGUGCCCUCAAUGUCGUAAAUCGUAUCCCCGUUGUUCUCUUUGUGGACUUUCUUACGGAACGCCAGUUAACGAUUAUGAUCAUCCAGCGGGAACAUUCUCUAUGAUGUUUUCUACUUGCCUGAUGUGUAGUCAUGGAGGACAUGCAAAGCACAUGAUAUCAUGGUUUGAAAAAGAGAGCGGAUGUCCAGUUCUGGGAUGUGAUUGCAGGUGUCUUCACCUCGAAAAUGGGGUUGGCGGACGAACUAAGCAGAGUAUAAUCACACCAUUCUGA